ACUGUGUGUUUGUUUUUCUUUAGACGAUUAAUUCUUUAUCUAAAAUAAUGUACAACGCAUUUGUUCCUUUGUUGACUAACAUGUUGAUCGUGGAAACGUUUAGAUACUCAAUAAUACGAUCAAAAACACAAGUGUGGUUUACAGAUGGAUGAUGAUAAACUAAAAAACAUUUUUUAACUGAUGUGCAAAAGCUUAUUUUUUAACUAGACGUAGACGGCGCAAAUGCUCACUUCCUUUGCAAAUUUGCCAAUUUAACGGACAGGAAUCACGAUUAGCUUGCAAUUUUUGGACAAUAGCCUUAACUACUGUAAACGUUGUAUAAUAGUAACAGAAUUUUUAUUCUUGAAUUGGCUGCAUUACAGCGCCUAAUGGAGAUAUGUGUGGGUUUCAAUAAGAACAUUAAACAAAACUUAUUAAAAUUAAUUAAAACCUGCCAAUUAUUUGUUUAACCCACGACAGGAAAUAAUUCUGCGUAAAAUAACGCAUUGUUGACCAUUGACAUCCUUGUAGUAAGGACAAAUCAGGUGUUAAACCAAAUAUAAAAUUUCGGAACCGUUUACGAAAACUACUUUUAUAUUUGCACAAGGCAAAACUUUGCCAAAGUUUUCAAAAGCAAACAAAUUAAUAAAAACAAAUAUGUCCUGAAUGAUUAUAAACAAGAAUGCCAAGCAGACAGUUCUGUUAGUGCUGAGCAAAGAGUUGCGGAGGUCUCGCACUCUUACUGAUUCAUUCAAAGCUUCACUUUUUCUCGACUCGAGUAAAGCAGAGUGUGUUCCUACAAUGAUAGUAAAUGGAAAUAGAACAGUGAAGUUUAUGAGUUAUGACUGUGAAAAUUACAAGUUAAUACAAGUGCAAAAGACUGUUUUUUCAUUGGAUUUAAGUGUCUCUAGCAAAAUUUAAAAUGAGUAAAGAAAAGAGCCCUGUUACGAUUUCUGAAACCGUUGAGAUCAAAAAUGAACACAAAGAGCCAGAAGACACUAAAGAUAAGAAACACAAGAAAUUCACCUGCAAACAAAAGGUGGCUUUAGUAAUGCUAGCAACAGUGGAUUUUAUGAGUUUUUGCUCGAUGUCAAUUAUGGCGCCUUUCUACCCUCAAGAAGCAGCGACUAAAGGCAUGUCGGAAUCAAUGGCAGGGUUUGUUUUCGGGUUUUACGCACUUGUUGUAUUUUUGUCUUCACCAGUAUUUGGUAAAAUUUUACCUAAAAUAGGGUUGAAAUGCCUGUUUACCGGAGGAGUAUUAAUUUCAGGAAUUUGUAGUUUAGUUUUUGGAACAUUACACAUCAUAGAUAAUUAUGCACUAUUUACGACGUUUUCGUUUCUGAUAAGAGGUUUGGAGGCUUUGGGAGCUAGCGCUUACUCCACUGCUAGUUACGUUAUUAUUGUAAAUAUUUUUCCCGACAAUGCUGGAGCCGUAAGGGGCCUUUUGGAGACAUUUGUCGGCUUGGGAAUGAGUGUGGGCCCGGCCCUUGGAGGCCUACUUUUUGCGAUCGGAGGUUUCGGUCUACCAUUCUACGUAAUUGGUUUAAUUAUAAUCCUGAUAGCACCACUGAAUGUUUAUUUGUUACCAUCGUCAGAAAGAUGUGCUGUGGAGACAAAGAGCGGCUCCUUUACCAAACUCUUGAGACUAACUCCUGUGAUAGUGACAUGUUUUAUUAUUACGGUCAUUGCUAUGACUUGGAGUUUCCUGGACCCGACUUUAGAACCGCAUUUGCGAAAGUUCAAGUUAAGUCCAGGAAAUAUUGGGCUUAUUUUCCUGCUUUUGUCGGCAAUGUAUGGGAUUUUCAGCCCUGCAUGGGGGUGGGUGACUGACAGACUCGAUAAUUAUUGGUGGCUAAUGACUUGUGGUCUCUUUUGUAACUCUAUCAGUUUACUACUUUUGGGCCCGUCGCCGAUUUUGUCAUUUCUUGAAGAUUCAAUAUGGCUCAACAUUGUGGCUUUAUCAACUUUGGGGGUGUCAGUGGCAAUGGCUUUGAUGCCCACGUAUCAAGCAAUCUUGGACAGCGCCCUUGUUGGAGGUUUUGAAGACAAUUUGGGGACUCACAGCGUAAUUGCCGGCCUGUGGUCCUGUGUAUAUUCCCUGGGUGAAGUUCUCGGACCUAUAAUAGGGGGAACUCUUCUCCAAAAUUACGGAUUUUCGCUAACAUCGACAGUUUUUUCGUUGCUGAAUUUAAUAAUGGCGAUUUUGGGAACGAUGUAUUUUCUACUCAGGCGGAAGUCUAAUAAGGAUCGAAACAUAUUUAUCGAUCAAGCUGGUUUCCAGAAAUAUAGACAAAAAAAUGCUGAAAUUAUUUUAGGGACAAUACUGGAAAAUGGUGAAAAUGGAAAAUGGAUUGCCAAGCUGAAAUAGUACAACGUAUUUAUUUCCAUCUUGUACACAUCACGCACGUUUUUCGAGUCGAAAGUGUGCAGUUAUGAAAAAAAAAAAGUUACUCAUUUAAUAACAGUGUCAUUUACCUAAUUUUACAAAAGUAAAUAAAUAAAAGAUUAUGUAAAGUUG